UGGAGUAUUUCGCGCACACCGUGAAGGUGCACAAGUAGAUAAGUUAGGAGUGAUUCUAAACCCGUACCUGGAAUUAACUCUUUGUUGUUCAUCGUGAAUGAAGUCGUCCAACCAAUCCAGAGAGAGCAGACAGGUGACCGUAGUUGUUCUCUUGCAGUUGUUUUAAGGGCUUCAGUCUUUGCAUGCUCUAUGGACGGAACUGUGGACAGAGUUGUGGAGGAGGGAUCCACGCGUGGGUUCUCUCGGACGGACGUUUCCCUCAGCGGAGGGGAUGAGAGCAGGGACACCGACCACAGCCAGAGAUCUCACGAAACACAACCUGACGACGAGCGCUCUUUGCCCAUUAGGGAUUUUUAUCCCUAUAUCCGCUGUGCCCUCUGCAAUGGAUUUUUCAUUGAUGCCACCACCAUCACAGAGUGUCUUCACACUUUUUGUAAGAGCUGCAUCGUCAAGCACUUUUUCUACAGCAACAGGUGUCCUAACUGCUCGAUUGUUGUGCACCAGACACAGCCUCUGAACAGUAUCAGACCUGACAGACAAUUACAAGACAUUGUUUUCAAGAUGGUUCCAUAUUUGGAAGAAGAUGAAAGGUCGCGAAUAUAUGCAUUUUAUAAACAGAGAGGGCUUGGCGUUCCUAAACCAGUGGCGUCUCCAGCUACAUGCCCAGUAAAGCCGCAUCAGAGACAGAAGAAAGACAUGCUGCCUCAGUCUGUUUUUACAAUUCCCUCAGAGCUAGAUGUGUCUCUGAUGUUGGAGUUUGUGGGAGCUGAAGAGGGUAUUGAGAACUUUAAGCCCCUUGAAAGGAAGUAUGUGCGUGUGUCAGGGGAAGCCACUGUCCGUCAUGUGGAGCUUUUUAUCAGGAGGAAGAUGGAACUGAGUCAAAACUGCAAGGUUGAUGUUGUGUGUGGAGAGCAUCUUCUUGAGCAAUGCCAGUCUUUGAGAGAAGUUUGUAAUACCAUGGGAAAAAAUGCGUUGCAGGACGGCAUGCUGGUUCUGCAUUUCGGACUUGUUCUACCUGCUCAGUAAAGAGGAAAUACACAGAAAGACCAACUACUGUGAAAUUUAUAUUGUACAGUGGUUUUAUUUCAAUGUUCUCAUAUAACAGUGAUCCUAUGCAGUGAUCCUUUGUCUUCCUGGUUGCCUUCUGCUCAAAAAGAUGAAAAAUAUGGCAGCAUUGUUUGAGCAAAUGCAUUAAUGAGCCAUUUCCAGAAUAUACUGCUUGUUUGUUUGUUUGUUUGUUUGUUUGUUUGGAUGAUUGAUCUUUGGUUACAAUUUCCACAGCUGUAAUGGUUCUAUGAAUGCUCUUUUAUACAUUAACAAAAACAUAAAGUAAUUAUUUUACACCUUGUCUCUGAGAAUAUAUCGUUUGACAUCAAUUGUAUUGCUUGGUUUUGUUGUGCUUCUAGUUCAGCUGACAAAAAGAGAAUCUGUACUUUGGAAAAAUAAUUCACUCAAGUACCUGGACUGUACCUAAAUUGUUAAGUAUUUAAUUCUGUACAGCAAUGAAGAUGUUUGUUUGGUUUUCUGUCUUUCUUUCCUCAACUCUUCUAGGGCUGUUUCUAAGUGUUUCUGGUUGUCUUUGUUUAUUUUCGAUUGAAAUCUAUGUAUUGUUUGAGCCAUAUUGUGUUAUUACAAGGCUUUUGGGGGAAAGAUCUUUCAAAUGUUUUUUUUUCAAUAUUGUAAUUGAAGUCUUGUUCGCCAGAUCCACGCCAUUGCAUAUAAAUACUAUGCAAAUAUUACGCAUCCCUUUUCAUUUAGUCAUCUUU